UAAAUUCCUAACAUGUGAUAUCAGGAUAUGUUUGCAGCAGGCACGGAUACAAGCUCUAGCACCCUAGAGUGGGCAAUGGCAGAGUUACUUAAUAACCCUAAAUCACUAGCCAUAGCUCAAGCCGAGAUGGAUUGUGUGAUAGGCCAAAACGACAUCAUUCAAGAAUCUGACAUCUCACAUUUGCCGUAUUUACAAGCAGUUGUGAAAGAAACUUUCCAAUUUCAUCCUGCUGCUCCAUUUCUCGUCCCACGUAAAGCUGAAGCUGACGUGGAGGUUCUUGGGUUCAUGGUGUCUAAAGACACUCAAGUUCUUGUGAACGUUUGGGCUAUAGGACGAGAUCCAGCAAUGUGGGAGAAUCCAAUCCGGUUCGAGCCAGAGAGGUUUUUGAGUAAAGAGACUGAUGUGAAAGGUAGAGACUAUGAGUUAACACCUUUUGGGGGCGGACGAAGAAUCUGUCCGGGGCUGCCUUUGGCUGUGGUGACUGUGUCACUCAUGCUUACUUCACUUCUUUAUUUCUUUGAUUGGAAGCUUCCAAAUGGUGUUGCUUCUGAGGAUUUGGACAUGGACGAGACAUUUGGUAUUACAUUACAUCGGACCAACCCGUUACAUGCCGUUUCUUGACAGCAUAUAAGUAACCAUUGUACUAUUGCUAUCUCUUGUUUUUCUUUUGGGUUUAAAUGUAUAACUUGUUGUUUAAAAGUUUCCAUCAACCCGUAAUACAUAAAAUAAAAAUAUCAUCAGGGUUGAAGAAGUA